ACCUUAUCGACCGGCGGUUACGUAAUUUUGCACCGAGGCUUUGGCAACUCUGCCCGGGUUUUUAUGAUCUGUGAUGUGGUUGUACGUUGAGGUUAUGUUAUAUAGGAACAAUCAAAAAUGCAUUCCGUUGGAUGAGCGCUGGUUCAUGUCAUUAUUUUGUUAUCCUCAAAAAUAAUAUGCUUGUUUAAUUAUAGAAUGUAAUUUAUUUCAAGAUUAGUGGUAGUUCCAGUGCUCGAAAUAAGUUGACCGAGCCCAUGUUCACGAAUUGAUUCGCAAUACUCUAUCUAUAAAACAUGAGUAAUCAGCUGAAAAAGGUUAUUUUGCAAGCCGAUGUUUACAUGGUUUGCUUGCAACAUGCACUUUCAACUGAAAAUUUUGAAGUUAUGGGUUUACUCAUUGGUGAUGUAUGUUUACAAUGUCGAUGGUGUCAGUAACAUAUCAGCUGUGAUAAUCUUAAGACGCUCCGAUAAAAAGAAGGACAGAGUUGAAAUCUCUUCUGAUCAAUUACUUAAAGCUACCACUGAGGCUGAACGAUUGACAGAGGAACUUCAAAGACGAAUGAGAGUGCUGGGAUGGUAUCAUUCACAUCCGCAUAUUACAGUUUGGCCAUCGCACGUUGAUGUUGGUACCCAGCAAAUGUAUCAAACCAUGGAUCCUUGUUUUGUUGGAUUAAUAUUUUCAGUAUUUUCAGAGGAUAAGAGUACUAUGGAGCAAGAAGUGUUACUGACAUGUUUUCAGUCUGUCAAUGGAAAAUCUAAAGAAAUCCCUCUUGAAAUACAGUGUACACCAGAUAUUUCUGUUAAUUGCUCUAAGACCAUGAUCGAAUUACCAAAAAUUUUGGCCCAAGAAGAAGCGGAUAUGGCUGAAGAUUGUAGCAACCACCCUGAUAUUCUUAUUUCCAUCCACAACAAUGCUGUGCAAACACGAGCCUUAGGACACAUUACAGAUGUAAUUACAAGGCCUUUAGUACAAACACUGCAUGAAAGACUAAAAUUGAAUAGGUUACGUGCCGAGUUUCUUAAACAACAAGUUACUCAUUUAGAAGGACAACUAGGAAAAUAGCAGAAACAAUAUUUAAUGACCAAAGUGAAACAUCUUUGUAAUUUCAGAAAAGUGAUCUAUUUUGGUAUUAUUGCCAUUUUGAAAACAUUCACAAUUAAGUUUAGUAAUUUAACAACUAUAUUUUUAAGUCGAUAAUUCCAGUAAAUGAUAAUUAUUUGAUAAUAAAGAAGUUUAUAAAAGCUGUUAAGAAUCAAAA